AUGAAUGACGUCCAGGAGGCCACCUCCCCUGCAACCAGCCUCAGCGGACCGGCUACCUGUGUCUCCAAAGUGGAGCUGCGUGUGUCUUGCAAAGCUCUGCUGGAUCGAGACACGCUGAAUAAAUCAGACCCAUGUGUCAUAGUUAUGGUGCAGACCAACGGACAGUGGACAGAGGUUCACGCUGAGGAAAUUUCUGGCAACAACGGAUAUGUGGAGCUCUUCUUCUGUGCCAAGAAGCUUGAUGAUAAGGAUCUCUUCAGUAAGUCAGACCCAUUUUUGGAAAUAUAUAGAAUCAACGACGAUGAGACCGAACAGCUUGUGCACAGAACUGAGGUGAUUAAAAACAACCUGAACCCUGUGUGGGAGCCUUUCAAAGUGUCGCUCAUAUCCCUGUGCAGCUGUGAUGAGGACCGAAAGCUCAAGUGCCUAGUGUGGGAUUAUGACUCCAGGGGGAAGCAUGACUUCAUUGGCGAGUUCUACGCCACCUUCAGGGAAAUGCAGAAAAUCUCCAGUGGAAAUAAGGUGACGUGGGAUUGUGUGAAUCCCAAGUACAAACAGAAGAAGAGAAACUAUAAAAAUUCAGGAGUUGUCAUCCUCAAUGACGUUAAGCUCCACAGAGUGUAUUCCUUCUUAGAUUACAUCAUGGGAGGUUGCCAGAUUCACUUUACGGUUGCCAUUGACUUCACAGCUUCCAACGGAGACCCCAGGAACAGCUGCUCAUUGCACUACAUCAACCCGUACCAGCCCAACGAGUACCUGAAGGCUCUGAUAGCAGUGGGCGAGAUCUGUCAAGACUACGACAGUGACAAAAGAUUUUCAGCUUUGGGGUUUGGUGCCAGAAUCCCUCCAAAUUAUGAGGUGUCGCAUGACUUUGCCAUUAAUUUCAACCCUGAGGAUGAUGAGUGUGAAGAGAUCCAGGGGGUGGUUGAGGCCUACCAGAACUGUCUCCCCAAGAUCCAGCUGUAUGGCCCAACCAAUGUUUCUCCCAUCAUUAACAGGAUAGCCAAGCUGGCAGCAGGCGACGGCAACAUUAAAGAUGCCUCUCGUUACCACAUCCUGCUGAUCCUCACGGACGGUGUAGUGACAGAUAUGGCAGACACGCGUGAAGCCAUUGUGAGAGCCUCCUACCAGCCUCUCUCCAUAAUCAUCGUCGGUGUGGGCAAUGCAGACUUCACAGACAUGCAGAUUUUGGAUGGCGAUGAUGGAGUCCUGCGCUCACCAAAGGGAGAGCCAGUCCUCCGGGACAUUGUGCAGUUUGUGCCCUUCAGAGACUUCAAAACGGCUUCUCCUGCAGCCCUGGCCAAAUGUGUUCUGGCAGAGGUCCCCAAACAAGUGGUGGAGUACUACAGCCAUAAGGCCAUCUCCCCCAUGUGCCCGAUAAGGGACUUACCCACGCCAAUCCUCAGCCCAGUCGCCACCACCCCGACAGAAUAACCACGCCUCCUGGGACCCAGCUUUGACCGCAGCACCAGUCUGGCAACCGGAGAGGGAGAGAAGGCACAUGCCUCGCUACUACGAGAACUGAAGAGAAAAAUCUUUCUAGAUGUGGUGUUGCUCAUUUAUUUCGCGUUUCACUCCUAACAAAGUGUUUGUAUGAGAACAGUGCGGCAGCAGCAGUGACUGUGGGUUUUGUUUCUCUGCUCCGUGUGGAUCCUGCACUUCUCCCUUGCUGUGCAUUUUGACCAUCCAAGCUGUUUCAGGAUCAUAAAUCCUUAAUUAUGUUUUGCUUUUCCCUAGUUUUUAUGCAUGCAAGCCAAUCCCUCAGUGCCGAUCCAUGCACUGGAUGCAGGCCUAUUAUUCCUUACUGCUCAUGAAAUUCUGCACCUCAACUAUGUAUAUUAUGUUACUUUUCUCUUAUCUUCAGACAAUUUUAGAGAUGUACUGUACAGUAUAUUGCAGAAGUGAAUCACAGGAAGUAUAAAGAAGUGUUGCCUUUCUAACUUUGGACAUUGACUUUCCAAAAUGCAUCUGGCUGCAGGAUUGGCCUUAUUUUGGAUUACAGACACUAUUUCCAAACAUGCACAGAUCAUAAUUUCAAAUUUUAGCAUGUCACCAUUUGACACUGGAGCAGAGUGAAUGCAAAUUCAAAACUGCUUAGAUUUAUUUUAAAAUGGCAGUAGAGAACCGCAGAUAUGGAACUAUGGAAAUAUCAUUCAGCUCUGAUGCGUCCACCACCUCAGACCUGUUCAUCUUGUGCAUCUGUGACACUGUGCGUGUGAUAAUUACGUUAACAAUGCGUUUUUCAUACGCCUUUUAGGUACGUCUAACAAUUGACAGCCAGAGGACACAGUCAGGUCAUCAGCGUGCAGGAUGAAGUGGAAGAUGUGUUUGGGUCACUGUGCAGUGACAAAAAGUUUUCAGCAGCUGUUUUCAAUGAGGUUAGCUGAAUAAGAUCUAUUUAUGGUCUUUUGUCGAGUGGUGAUGGUGAAAGUCCUUUGUCCAUUAUUGUCCUCAUCCCUCUGCCAGUCAUCUUGCACAUAGCACUCUGCAUUAUAUUCUGCCCUUUCUACUGCUUUGUACAUGUAAUAUAAUUCAUACUCAGUAUUUUACAAGUAAUUUGACUGGUGAGCAGUCAACUUAAAUCACAUGAAAGCACAAAACCCACCACAGUGAGAGCUUUCACACAUGAUUUAUAGUGCAUUUACAUUAGAAGAGUAACGAGUAACAUUAUUUCCAAAUUACAUAAACAAAGUAUAAACAUUUUCUUGUCAUUGCACAUGUGCAUCACCAGAACAAACUGUUCUGUGAAUCUCUUAUUUUACAGCGAGCCUGAAGGACCACUGUUUACUGGAAAGUCUGCAUCUGUUUUUUUCUGCUGUUCUAUUAAGCUUUAAAAUGUUCCUCAUACUUAAAAGCUAUAACCUUCACUCCUACUUACCUCGUCAGAUUGUCUUCACAGUGUUCAGAGUGUAGCCUGUAAUGAGUCAGAAUGUGGCCUCUGUUAAUGCUACACAGAGAGAAACAGAAGCUCUCACUGAAACCAGAAAAUACCUACAUGACAACUAGCAUCUAUAUGAUCUGAGAAGAUGUGAUGUAUUCAAGUCACAUGUAAUUACAUCGUCACGACAGACAAAAGACUUGGAUAGAUGAAAUGUGUUCUCUGUUUUCAAAAGCCACCCUCCUGGCAUUUAAACCAUUUUAUCACUUAUGAAAGAGCCCAAUCCCGAAAACAUGCAUUAUUGACUGCAUGUACAAACUGGAAGGGCACUUGUUGAGCCAAUACCUCUGCCAAGGCUUAUUGGCCAAAAUUGUGCCCUAUCGCAUAUACGUGUUUUGAUAUCAGAUACAUCCCGACCAUUACCUGGAUUCGCACAAAAUCUGUUCAUAUACAUUAGUAUUCUUAAAAAUUCUUCUUCUACCAACUUUAAAGAGAAUUGGUUUGCUAUUUUGUGUGUAAUCGUGCUAAACAGGCAACAAAAAUGCUCUACUGCUUUCACAUACGACAUAAACACAGAGUAUUGUGGUUCAUUAUUUAGAAGUUCUUUAUGUGCAGUCUGUUCUAGUAACAAAUCUACACUUUGUAUAUUUGCUUAGUGUAUUUGCAGUAUCUUAAAUGGUGUGUUUCUGCUCUGACUGAUGCUGAAUGAUGACUCAUUCAUUCAGCGAGAGAUCAAGCUGUCACUGCCAUUGAAUGCAUCAGCAGAGUUGGUCUUCAAAUCCACGCUACACACACACACAUCCACCUCUCAGCUAAAGAUAUUAAUCUGACCUUGGUUUGUCCUCUGGAGCUUCAGCAGCCCUCCCAGAUAUUGACUACACUCAUGAAUGCACUGAAACCCAGCUCUUUGAACAUCACAGGUAUUGAGGAUUCCCCUGUCACAGAAAGAGGCCUAUUGAUUGUGCAGGCCUUAAAUAGGAGUCGCACUCCAUCCUUACUAGCAAGUAAUGGAAGGAGUUUGGUCUCCAUGUGAUGGAGGAAAAAACAAGGAAAUACUCUGUUAGUAAAUGGUGUGUAAUUAUUUAGUACUUUCUAGUGUUGAUGACCACUCAAAGCACAUUACAGUACAGGUUAUUGUCAUUCCAUUCACACACUCAUUCAUAUAGUGCAUCUAUGGGCAGCAGUUUUUUCUAUUAGGGGCAAUUUUGGGGUUCAGUAUCUUGCCCAAAGACACUUUGGAAAAGACUGGGAUUGAACUGCCGACCUUAUGGUUAGAGGACAACCAGUCUACCCCCCAGGUCUGUUAAAUAGCAUUUGACAUUAUAGGUUAAUUCAUGUGAAAACAGGUCUUUUCUGUACAAAGACAUAAUUGUUUUUGUAGUAACACAUUUUAAUACAAUCUUUUAUUUCCCUCAGUGGUGAUCCGUGCAUUGGAUGCAGGCUUAUUACUCCUUACUGCUCAUGACAUCCUGCACCUCAUCUAUGUACAUUUACUACUUUUUUAUCUUCAGACAAUUUUAAAGAUGUACUGUACAGUAUAUUGCAGAAAUGAAUCACAGGAAGUAUAAAAAAGAGGUGAUGACCUUUCUAACUAUGGACAUUGAGCUUCUAAAGUGGAAAUGAAAAAGAAAAUACUCUGUUAGGAUAGAUAACAUCUGAUAUUAUAGGUUAUUUAGUGUGAAAACCAAUAUUUUUUGUGCAAAGGCGUAUUUGUUUUUGUAUUUACACAUUUUAAUACCGUCAUUUUAAUACAAUCUUUUAUUUUCAUAUAUUCACUUGUAAAAACAUGUAUUAUUAUGUGAUUCUAAGCAUUCCUCAUUCUCAUACGAAUUACAACACAAGAAGUGUGACCAAAAAGUUUCAGAUAAUUGUCACAAAAAAGUAUUUCUGAAAGCCUUUUAAACCAGCUUCGUGCUUUUCAAUAAACCUAGAGUGGCCACUCAUUCUGACUAAAUAGCGUGCGGGUAUCAAGCAGUAAAUCAGUUCCUUGAGGAACCGGCACAACUUGAUAUCUAAAAGUGGCUGGCACUUCUUCUGUGAUUCAUGUCUUGGUAAUUCACGAUUUGUCCCCUGUCCUCUUAUUGCCACUUUGCCUCAGGUUAUGAGCUGCACCAGCUCAAUGGUUCAUUACCCUCUUACGCUAUGAAAUUUAAUUCUACAAGAGAUGGAUGACUGACCUUAGUACCUACAUAGUUCUAUUCCUUUAUUUAAAAAGUAGGUUUUUAAAAUGGGGCAUGCCUUUCUGGGGUUACCUGAAUUACAUAGUAUGUUAAAUGUCUAGUGGUGAUAAAUGUUAAAAAGUGAUGCAUGGUUCUCUAAGGCCUCGCCAGACGUGCGCCAAACAAAUCCCCUUCGCUGAAACUUAUUUUUAAUGAUCAUCUUUUUCAUAGCAAUCAGCCAUGUAAAAUGCUAAGGUGUUCAAAGAAUAUCAUUGUGUGCCUGUGUGCAAGAAACAGCUGAACCCAAGUGCUCAGCCAUGUGGUGUUAUCACUUGAAAAAAUCAACUAUAUUCUGUGUCUUAAUGGGAACUCAUCAUUCUGUGCCGCUGUGGUGCAAACAACAAUGAGCGAAAGCACUGGAGACAGUAAGACCACGAUCUGUGUGGUCUUCUUCCACUGCGGAUUUACAAAAAAAAACCUUGAAGAAUCCACCAAGCUGCUUAUUUUCCCUUAUCAAUACUUGCACCAUUGUCAGACCAAAUUAACAAGUUGAAGGUUUUACAUCACAAUGAUGUAAUUUUUUCCCAUACCAUCUCUCUCUCUCUCUCUCUCUCCCUUUCUUUCUCUUUCUCUUUCUAUCUCUCACCUAUCCACUGUAAAUCAGAACAAGGUUUACAGCCCGUGGCCCCAACAUGCAGUGUACCUACGGGUGAGAAUUAAGCAGCACCGUGCAUCAUGAAUAAAUAUAUGAUUUUGUCAAAAGGAAUAAAGGGAUUUAUUGCAUGCUUACUUUUACUGUUAAGCUGUGCUGUGCCAGUCAUUCCUUUAGAUUGUAUGAUAUGCUAAUAUGCAAACCUGCAUUUGCACAAACAUCUGUUCUUGUAGUUUAUGCUCUCUGUC